CAACAGACCAUGGAGAAGAAGAAAGGAUCUUUAUCUUGGGACAAACUCCAAGGUCAGCUUCACCCAUGGCUCUAUGAUGCAGUAAUUUCACUAGGUUUCCAAUCUAUGACUCCAGUUCAAGCCUCAACUAUCCCAUUGUUAUCGGGAUCAAAGGAUGUCGUGGUUGAGUCUGUCACAGGCUCAGGAAAGACUUUAGCGUUCACCGUGCCAGUCCUUCAGAAAAUCUCAAAGUUGCUUUAUGACGAGCAGAUCAUAUUGAAGAAGGGUCAUUUUUUCGCUGUGGUAUUGUCCCCCACUAGAGAGUUGGCAAGUCAAAUACAAGCUGUUUUUGACUCCCUCAUCGCAUAUUUGCCUGAAGAUAAGCCUGCCAUCAAGACUCAGUUACUUAUUGGUUCAAUCGGAACUGUGAGAGAAGAUUUGCAGAAAUUUGUCAAGACGAGUCCUCAGAUCUUAAUUGCCACUCCAGGGAGGUUUUUGGACUUUAUCUCGUCUACUAAUGUGAGAACCAACUCUACUGAAAUUGUUAUCUUGGACGAGGCUGAUAAGCUAUUGGACAUUUCCUUUGGCAAAGAUGUUGUCAGUGUGUUGCAAAGGCUCCCGAAACAGAGAAGAACCGGGCUUUUCUCUGCCACCUUGUCGGCUGCUGGUGAUAGUAUUUUCAAAGCAGGGAUGACAAAUCCUGUGAAAGUCACAGUCAAAGGGUCUACCUCAUCAUUGAACAGUUCCGCUCCCAAGUCCUUGAAUUUGAGCUAUAUGCUUAUUAACCCUGAGAAAAAGAUAACAACUAUGUUAAAGCUUCUUCAUGAUUAUAAAUUCAAAAAGUGCAUCGUUUACUUUCCAACUUGCACAUCGGUUAAAUACUUUUAUUUGACGUUCAAAUCCCUACUUCCCCCAGAUUUCACCGCAAAAUUCCACUCCUUACAUGGUCAGUUGACUAGUAAGUCAAGGUUGAAGACACUUGGGAACUUUGUUGAUGCCGACACGUCUGAGUUCAAACACGUUCUUAUGACCACCGAUGUCGCGGCAAGAGGAAUCGAUAUUCCUGAUGUGGAUCUUGUCAUCCAAAUAGAGCCUCCCAUGGAUCCUGAUGUAUUCUUACACAGAUGUGGACGAACUGGUCGAGCCAAUAAGGUUGGGCGUGCAAUCACCUUUCUUAAUAAUGAAAAUAGUCAUGAGGUUGAGUUUGUGGACUACAUGGAGGUUAAAGGUAUUACUCUCAAUGAGUUACCAGCAAUUUAUGAUAACAAUCAUGCUCAGUUUGCUUCUAAAAUGAGAGGCUUUCUCUUAAAGGACAGAGGAGUCCACGAGUUGGCCAUCAAAUCAUAUGUUGGCUUUAUCAAAUAUUACAGUAAGCAUGUCGCAUCUUCUAUCUUUCGAUUAUCGCUUCUUGAUUAUAUUGGAAUAGCCAAGGCAUACGGACUUCUUCGUCUCCCCAAGAUGCCUGAAACCAGGUAUAUCCCAAUUGAACAAAUGCCCGAAGAUGGAUGGCUUGGGGAGAAGAUUGAUAUGAACAAGUAUGCCUAUGCUGAUAGCCAAAAGGAAAAAGUUCGACUUGCAACCAUGGAGGCCGAUAACCUCAAACGUAUUGAAGACUCUAAAAGAAGGAAAGAAUUGAAAGUCAAAAAUGAAGCGUGGUCAAAGAAAGUGGAUCUGAAGGAGACAAAGCAAGAUAGACGAGAGAAGAGUAAAAAGAAGAGAGAAGCAAUAGAAAAACAACUUAUGGAGGAAUCUUCCAGCGACAACGAAGAAGCUGAAAUCGAUUGGAAGGAGGUUGUGAGAGAAAACAAGAGGCACAAGAGUAACGUUCAAGUACAAGGGUCUUUUGAUGACUUGUAGUAUUAUAGCAUAAUGAAUAUUCAACUAAUCUUGUACCGGUUACUAAUUGAUCGUAUGCCGUCAAACACUAACAUAUUAUCUAAGGGAAUAUAUUGAGACGUGCACAACUUAAGCACCUCUUGUGAAGCAAUGCCUCCUAUAAGACUUGCCGUGUUAAUGUAGUUGGUAGUAUUAUGACAGAGGAUCUCUUUGAAUGUGUUCAUGAUGGACGUGGAAAUUUCACUAUGGUCAACUUUAAAUUUCUUAGUGAAUAGCUGGGUGAACACUUCUAAGUCAUGGGGACAGGGUACCCGAUGGACUUCAUUGAUGAAUUCGUUGAAUGUGAGAAGUCCAUAGUAUAUGGCGAGUGUAUUGGCAUUGGAGUUGGAGUCUUCAAAACCAUUUGAACUCUCCUUCACUAGACUCUCAAUGAGCUCUGGGCUCGAAAGGUUACCUGAUCCUUCUGCUACAUGGAGGGUUUGAAUGUUCUUACAGAAUACACUCACCAGAUCCAAUUCCAGCAGUGUGAGAUCUCUUUUAAGAAGAAUUUUGGUAGCUUCAACCAACUCUCGUUUGUCUUUAUCUGCCUUUUCUCUGUACAACCUCUGCAAUCUCACAUAGUUCUUUGUGUCCGAAGCCAUAUCAGGAAGAGACCCCGACAAUGGGAUCUGCUGAGAAACAUCAACAAACUGCUUGAGGGCUUUGAUAAGAACCCAGAAUAAUGGAGUGUCAUUUCCCACGGUUUCUCCCGGAACUUUUGGAUUGUUGAAGAGCUGGUGUAGCUCAGACAGAACUGAAGUUCGCCUAUAGGCUCUGGAAAUGGUUUCAAUUGCUUCGAUGAAGUUUGUUUCAAAAUCCAUAUUGCGUGCCAUCAACAGUACGAGUCUUCUAAACUCUUUCUUCUCGUUGGUGUUUCUUGGUGCGGGAGAUUCAUGAUGUGAACGCCAAUUCUCCAAUGCAUUGAUAAGUAUCACCACCGAUGGGAUAUGUGCGUGGUCUGUAUCAUCCAAUGCAUCCCAAUUAAAGCUAUGAGCAUAUUCUAAUAACUCUGGCCAUGGCUUGUCGACUCUCAAGUCAUAUAGGUUAUUG